AUAAAAUGUUUUGUAGUCCCUAUUAAGCUACCAAUAAUAGUGGUGCACAUUUCUCCCAGCUCCAACAUAAGGCCAUAACUCUCUCUAUCUCUCCUUCUCUCUCGCUCUCUCUCUCUCUCUACAAAGAAAAGAAGCUAACCCAGUCAAAACAUGUUGUCAAGAGGCAGUAGAAGUUCUCUUGUUCUUCCACUACUAGUCACCUUAGUCCACCUCUGUCUCACUAGGCCUUCUUUCUCCUCUUCUUCCUCCACUGACGGCUUCGUCUUCGGUGGUUGCACACAGCAAAAGUAUGAGCCGGACUCGGCGUACGAGUCCAACAUCAACUCGCUCCUGACCUCCCUCGUCAACUCGGCUACAUACGCCUCGUACAACAACUUCACCGUCACUGGCUCCAGCUCCCACGACGUCGUGUACGGCCUCUUCCAAUGCCGAGGCGACCUCGCCAUGCCGGACUGCGCCACCUGCGUCGCACGUGCAGUAAGCCAACUAGGCGGGCUGUGCACGCAGACAUGUGGUGCUGCGAUUCAGCUCCAGGGUUGUUACGUCAAGUACGACAACGCAACUUUCCUUGGGGUGGAGGAUAAGACGGUGGUGUUAAAGAAAUGUGGGCCCUCCGAAGGUUAUGACGCCGACGGGCUGGGCCGAAGAGAUGCUGUCCUGGGCUCCCUCGCUGGUUCUGGUGGGCCGUACCGGGUUGGUGGGUCGGGUGAGGUCCAAGGCGUGGCCCAAUGUGUGGGAGACUUGAGCUUUGGAGAGUGCCAAGAUUGUGUGUCUGACGCCAUCGGACGGCUCAAAAACGAUUGUGGUCAAGCAGUUUAUGGUGAUAUGUUCUUGGCCAAGUGUUACGCGAGGUAUUCCACUGCCGGGUCACAUUUCUAUUCCAAGCCCCAUAAUGAUAAAUCAAGCAAUGAUGGUGAGAAGACAUUUGCUAUUAUCAUUGGAUUGUUAGCUGGAGUUGCCUUAAUCAUAAUCUUCCUUGCUUUCCUGCGAAAGAUCUGUGAAGGACAUGGUAAAUAAAUUAUGAAGUUCUUUCAUCUAAGUUUUAUGUAACAUGGUGAAGCCCUUUAUCUAAAACCCACGACGCUGAGCAAAGUGACUUUCUUUUUGGUGGCUUCCUUUUCUCUUCAUUAUGUAACUUUUGUUUCUCCUUUUCCCCUUUAUUUUUUGGAUUUUCUUUAAAAGAUGGUCCAUAAAAGAGAUGGGAAAGAUGGUAUGAUGGGGCACUUGUUUGAAACAAUGUUUAAAAAGAGAAUAUUCCUAACCUACUCUCCACUUAGCAUAAAUUGUCCAAUGUAAUAAUAAUUAAAAAAAAAAAAAACCCAUAUUCUUUUUGUAAAGGGCAAAUUAUGUGUUGCUUUGUUAUUAAUUUUCUAUGCCUUUGUUU